GGCUGUAAGUUGCACUUGAACUUCACGGAAACUGUUCAGCAAUUCAACCCACCACGCCACUGUUCAGUGCCAGCGUUCUGGCGAGUUGAAUAGAAUCGGAGUAGGAAGGAUUGUGGACAGCAUCUUCAUCUUGUUGGAAAUAUCGCGGUUUGUGUGGCUCGCGCGCUCUUGGAAUUGGAUUGAUUUGGCCUGUUUGCUUUUAUACCUGAGUUUUUAUAGAGGUAAUUUAUUCGUGUGACUAACUAGCGGUAAGAAGAGUGGAUUGGUUUUUUUGCGGCGGAAAGAUAUGGCUCGUGAAAUUGGUCAGAUACCGUCUGAAGGCAGGUCAAUCAUCUCCGUGUGUUUUUCGUCGCGUCGUGUUUUUGCUUAGACGUUUUAUCAUCAGGAAUAUUACUCAUACUGCAAGUGUGGUGACAGAACCUGGACAUACAACGUGGGGGAUGGAUCCAGUCAAAAACGCUCAGAAAAUCGCAGAAUAGAAGUUGUGACGUUUCGAAGUGGUUGUUUGUGCGGGGAACACUCGUUGAUUGGAAGCGUGAGCGGCCAUUCUGCCGCCGGAGUUUCCGUUACUUUUUUGCAAAGCUAUCUGUUGGAGAGCCGAGUUAACAGGACGCAGCGUAUCAUAACCCACGAUUUUGUGGAUAUGUGGAUUUACUAGAGACAAACCAGCCAUUUGUUUGUUUAUUCGGAACCAGCGUCACUCUAGGUAAACAGCCGUCGCCUGCGUAUAGAAGUGAGUGCCUACAGGAAAAAGAAUGCAUUCAAAGCAGUAUAUCUUUUAUCGAUAUUAUUAAUUGAGAUUUUUGCAUAACAUCCUGAAGACGACAAUUAUUCUAAAUAAAAUAUAAGAAUAGACUUAAAAAUGCCGCCGAUAAGUGAGAAGCGAUCGCCACCAAUUUUGAAGGAUAACAUUAAAGAAAACUUAUCAAAUUCACAAGCAUUAUGCGAAAAAUUAAACGGUCGGGUACCAGAUCUACACGAAUACCGAGAAUCUUGGCUCCAGGAAAUCGAACUUUGUAAAGACCAAGUUCGGACACAAAUGCUAACGCAACAUAAUCAUCUCCAUACUCCGGAAGGAUGUCAAUAUGAUGGUGUGAAAUCAUCGAUAGAAGAACUUAAACGCCGCAUAAGAACUCGUAGCGAAUCGGAUUCGAAUGAAACCAAUAAAAACCGAUCAUCAGAGGACGAGUUGGUUUUAAAGCGUCCACGCGAAGACUCCUUUACGCUUAUAGCAUGUACCAAUAAUGCAAAUCAAAUUCAUCAGCAGACAACGCUGCCGCUGCAAAUUUCGUCGACAGUUACAAAUGGUUUAGCACUGCCGCCGUCUGUUAAAAAUCCACCGCUUGAUUCUUUAGUAGUAGAAAAUAAAUCAACCCGCAUAACCUCUCAGACACAACUAAUAUUUCCUACAUCAUCAUCAACGUUUAAUAGUUGUGCUUUGCCUUUGAAUGGUUUUGAAUUCAAAGGCAUUGUGAGUGAAACGAUAGAAAAAAGUGAUGGUAUUUUGAAUGGGGUGGAAAGCACUGAAAAACUCGAAAUAGAUUCGAGUCGUAUGGAAACAUCUAAGCAUGAUGCAAAUUCUACAUCUAGUUCUCCUACUAACCUCAAGACUGAUAUACCCAGCGUUUCAAAUAAAAGUGAAAAUGAAGGUAGUGAUCUAGAGGAUGAAGAAGAAUUCGAUGAAUUCUCGUUGCCUGAUGGAUCAAAUUUAUCCGAUUCGGAUGAUGAAUACACGGGUCAUGUGUAUUUGAAUACUUCAGAUUGUAAAUUAGAUACGUACACAGAUGCAACGUCGUUGCCCAGUUCGGAAAGCAACUAUUUCACGCCUAGUUCGCCAUUUAGUCCAAGUCUUUUUCCAAAUGUUCCUGCGUAUCUUACUUUCUCAUCGCAUGCUGAAAAGGGACCACCAGUGCCACCGGAAGUGCAUAGACUUCUGAAAUGGAAGUUAACGUCUAUAAUGCCGAAGGUAGUGAGACGAGUGGUAGCGAAUUCAGGAUUUCGGCUGAUAAAAAAAACGAACGAUUGGAUGGGGACAUGGGAGAAGCACAUGAAAAGCCCAGGCUUUCGAGUGCUACGUUCCUACCAAAAAUACAAUCACUUACCGGGUUCCUUCAAAAUCGGCCGAAAAGAUAGUGUUUGGCGAAACUUAAAAUCGCACAUGGGCAAACACGGCAAAAAAGAGUUCGGAUUUAUGCAAAAGACAUAUAUUCUACCCCAGGAUCUUGCUAGUUUGAAAACAGAUUGGCCUAAAUACUCAGUUCAAAAUACUAAGUGGAUUAUUAAGCCGCCAGCCAGUGCACGCGGAACUGGAAUUAAAAUCGUUAAUCGAUGGACACAAAUACCAAAAAAUAUGCCGCUUAUUGUGCAGAAAUACAUCGAAAGACCACUUCUUAUCAACGGGAGUAAAUUUGAUUUGAGGCUUUAUGUAAUUGUGACAUCGGUGAAUCCAUUGAGAGUUUACAUCCAUACAGAUGGACUAGCGAGAUUUGCUUCAGUUCGGUACAGCGACAAAUUAGACACCUUAGACGACCGAUGUAUGCAUUUGACGAACUAUAGCAUAAAUAAAUUUUCGGAAAGUUAUGCCAUCAAUGAAGACGUGAAUGCAUGCCAAGGUCAUAAAUGGACGUUAAGAUCAUUGUGGACACACUUUCGAGAACAGGGUAUCAAUACGAAACGUCUUUGGGGCAAAAUUCGGAAUAUUAUUCUAAGAACAUUGCUGGCUGGAGAAAGUGGAUUGAACCGCAUGUUCAAAACCAACGUGCGCAGUAGAUAUAACUGUUUCGAGCUAUUUGGUUUUGACAUUUUAUUAGACGAACAAUUAACACCUUGGCUGCUUGAAGUGAAUAUUUCACCAUCAUUACAUUCAGAUCAGCCGCUGGAUUUGCAUGUGAAAGGCCCAUUAAUACAAUCAGUCCUCAAUACAGCAAUGUAUCAGGUCCCCCCUAAACUAUCACAGGAAAAAGAGAGCGAAAUCGCUCAAAUGUUUAAUUUACCCGGUAAAAUUUGCCUUGACAAACGAUUGCACAUAACACAAUUGAGCUCGGAAGAGAUCAAAAAACAUAAUUAUUUCACCAGCGCAAAUGUAGAGAAUCGCGAAGAUUACUUGGAGAGGAUCCUAGAAGAUCUGACAUCCGAUGACAUCCGUUGUUUAGUUUUGUCGGAAGAUGAAUUUGCUCGUAGUUCACCUCUUGAAAGAAUAUUUCCUGGUCCAUGUUCCUAUGCGUUUUUACCUUACAUAGAUUUCCCCCGAUAUUACAAUAGAUUAUUAGAUGCUUGGGAAUAUAAAUAUGGUAAAAAUCGUCAAGCUGGCAUUGAAAGGCUGCAGAAAUUAUGCGAAGCAGGUGUUCAUUUGCAAGUGGCGCCCGGAGCUGUAAAGGAGCCAAGCGUAGAUCCUCAGCCUCCAAAAACAACAGCACACUCAUGCGAAAAAGAGCAACAAACAACCGGCGCCGAAAUAUGUAAUAAUUUAGAUGAUCCAACAUUUUUUGAAAAAGAAAUUGAGUCUGACGAGGAUAUCAGCAAAAAAGUAACGCAAACAACUCUGAAUGGUGUGAUAAAUACCUGCAUAUGUGAUGAAAAAUCUGUUUCAAAUGAUAUUGUUAUGGAGCACAUUCAAUCAACCUCGAUUCUAGUCGAAACGAAGUGACAUUGGCUCUAGAAAUUCAAUUCAUACAAUCUUAGUACCUCCUUUCUACUAGAACCGAUCGCAACUUGGCAAUUCUAGUUAUGUGUAUAGAUUUACAUAAUGACAUCAUUUGUGCGGAAAAUUUUGGAAUAUCAUAAAGACACAAAUUGCAGAUAUAAAGACCCCCAAAAUAGAUAAAAAAAACCCUUAAUUCUAAUUUACUUAGAUUGUAAAUAAGAUUAACAACUGAAUAGUUGCGCUAGCUAGAUAAAAAAUUAUAAAUAAAAGUGUUCUGAAAUGAAA